CCGUGAUUUAAAACCGAGAAGAGGUCUCGAGACGUCAUCGACGGCAAUGUUGUUGUACCGCACGCCGCCGCCGACGAUCCCCACCACAAUCCGCGGUACGACCGCCAAAGACGAACGGCCGCGGCGGAAUCGGUCAGGCAAAGUGGUUUCCCCGCCGCCACAACCGUUUGCCGGUCCACCGCGGUCGGUACCUAUUUCACCGGUUGUCGUGCAGCUCCUCACGUCUUGUAAAAAAAACGUUUUUCCAUCGACUACCCUUCGUCACGGGUGCCCUGGAUUUUCCGACAAUUUCGGUUUCCGCCGUAUUUCGUGAAAGUUUUGGUCGAAAGGUUUACUACGCCGUUCGAAGCGCAACCGAGUGCGUGUAACUCCGCCGCCACCGACCAUCUGUCAUCGGAAAACCAUGGAAAAGUCCGGAGAAGUGACGACGUGACCCACAGAAUCCACUGCCGCCGCUGCUACCAUGUACUCGGCGCGAAAUCGUAACGCCAUGAUCACAGACGAUACUUUUCAAAUACAAGACUGGCUGCGGUCAAACGGUAACCAUGACCGAAGUUACCCGGAGUUUGAUUACCACCAUAGGAUCCGCCCUCUUUCACCAGUUAAGAGGCACCGGAUCUCUACUAUUACCGAUGGAAGAGUACCUGACCGCCGGAGACAGCUCAAGUCAAUGGAAUCGCUGUUGGGAUUGAGCGAUGAAAACUUAAAUGGCAAACAUCUGAAUUCUGAAGCUGUUACAAGAGCGUCUCCUGACGUCCAAGACUCUCUGGAUAGAGCUUUAAUGGACUUCGAAGAGACCCUUGAGUUGGCGUUUCAGUCAAACUCUAUCGUUCCACCACCUAGAGGAUUUUCCAAUCAAAACUUGGUUGAAGGUGAUGAAUCGAAUUUCAAUAAGCUCGAUAGUAGCUUUGAGAGCAAUACAACUGGCAGUAGUGGUUAUUCCACCAAGCCUGAUCAGUCCAUGCAUCGGUCUCUGAACACUUAUAACGAACUCCAACUCAUCAGAGAACAAAUGGUGAAGAGCUUGGAGAUUAUCAAAGACUUAGAAGAACAAGUUAAGCUGGUGCCUAUGCUUAAAGCGCAGGUUUCCUCAUUGAAUUUGGAGAAACAACGUUUAUCCUCUGAAUUAGACAAACACAAGAAAUCGGAGUACACAAACAAAUAUGCAACAGUCGGUGGCGGAUGGUCCCUGUCGUCGGCAGCGUUUCCAGCAGCUAACACCAAAGUGUCCACCAAAGAGGUGGGCGUCAACUGCGUACCCAUGUGCCGGGACGUGGGAGUGACCACACCGUCGACCACCUCCGUGAACACGUCCACGAUGACGGAACGGCCUCCGCCCGGGGCGGCAGUGCACACCCAGACGGACGCCGCCGCCAAGCCGGCCACGACGGCGGCGCACACCCAGACCAAGGACGCCGCAAAGGCGGCCACCUCGGCGGCGUACACUCAGACCGCAGCGGUCGCCGACGUCCGGCCGGCCACCGCGGUGGACGCGGCGGCGGCAGUGGCCGUGAAGGCGGCGGCGCCGCCGCCGAUAACGACGGCAAACGUCGGCACUCAGUCUUCCAGGCCGCCGGCCGUCAGGACGGCCGCGGUAGGCGUGACGGCCAAGCCGCGGACGUACGACGUCAGCGUGGCCGCGAAACCGACGCUCAAGCACGUCGGGUGUUCGGCCGACGCGACGACGGACGCGAAACCGCCCGUCGCGGUGCCGGUGACGCGCGCCACUCAGACGGACGCCUGCAGGGACGACCGCGGCGCCCAUAACCGUACCACGCAAACGGAAGCCGCGGCGGCCGCCCGUGUCGGUCCGGCGGAAUCCGCGGCGGCCGCCCGGGCCACUACGGCGGAGGCCGCGGCCGCCCGGCCUAAUUACGGGACGAUCGGCCGACGGAGCAAUUCGUUUCAUCAUUACACGGCGGCCGCUGCGGCGGACGCGACGUCGCCGCCGGUCACGUCCAAGAUACCCCGUCUCAAGCCUGCCACGCCCGAACUCAACCGGAAAGUGUUGACCAGACAGGACACGUACACCAAGACCGAGGCCGAGAUCUGCACGGACGAUCUGCAACAGCAACCGUUGUCGCCGCCGCCGCCGCCUGCGCGCGUAACCGCAACCGCGGACGACGUCAGAGCUAAAGAAUCGAUGUCGUCAACGCCAGAACUUCAAAAUAGGCUUCCAGAAUCUGAUAUGAAUUUCCAACCCAUUCAAGAUGAAUUAUACAAGGAUAAUCCUAGUAAAGAAAUGAAAGGCGCGUUAAAAGUACUAAACGAUUCUCUGAAGAAAACAUCUGCCACGCUAUUGCCCAGGAACCAAUUGAAACAAGCCAUCGACAUAGUCCGAGAAGAAUGGUUCAAGGUGACGAGCUCGAGCGAUUGCGGUGGUCAACUCGUAAAAAAUUAUAUCAACUGGUUCACUUCGUACUCACCGGUUUUGCUAGAAUUCAUAAUCAACAUGACAGAUGCUGCGGGCAACACCGUACUGCAUUAUUCGAUUUCCCACGGAAAUUUCGACGUCGUGUCUACCAUACUGGAUACAGGCGUUUGCAAUGUCAACUUGACUAAUGACGCGGGAUAUUCAAGCGUCAUGCUCGUCUCGUUGGCUGACAUAAAAAAUGACGACGAGAUGAAAAUCAUCACGAGGUUGUUCAAAUGCGGCGAUGUUAACUUACAGGCUAAAAAACAUGGUCAGACGACAUUAAUGUUAGCAGUUUCACACGGAAAAUCAGAAGUGGUAAAAUUACUCCUGGAAUGCGGAGCUAACCUCAACAUGCAGGAUGAAGACGGAAGUACUGCCUUAAUGUGUGCAGCCGAACACGGUCUUCAGGAAAUCGUUAAUAUACUAUUAGCUUGUCCAGAAUGUGAUGUGUCCAUAGCAGAUAAUGACGGAAGUACUGCACUCAGUAUUGCAAUGGAAGCGGGACACAGGGAAAUCGGGAUAGCACUGUAUGCCAAACAGCACAUAUUAUCCCGAGAGAAUUCGCCAUUCAAUUUGUCGAAAUCGAAGCGGUCGAGAAGCGCGAAUACCGUGAUGCCGUCAAGUAAUAGUAAUAUGACAUAUUCGCAUUUGUCGUUAAAAAAAUCACCAAGUCUGCAGCCCAAAGAAUACGCCACGCUGUCUUCCAUGCUGAAAACGCGGAUUCCCUAAUGCAUACCAAUAAAAUAAUAAUAAUAUGUUUUUUGUCAUCGACCAUAUAAUGUACCUACGCUUGAAGUUGUUUUUAUUUUUAUAAUAAUAUUAUUGUACUGCGCCACACGUGUUUUUCUGUUCUGGCGGUACAUAGUAUUAACUAUGUUUUUUUGUUUUAUAUUAUAAUAACCUCGUAAAAAAUAUCAAAAUGUAUAACUGUAGUUAAUAACGGACACUGAUUAGCAUCUAAACUAUUCUUUUUUUAUUAUUACGUAAUAAUAAUAAUAAUAAUAAUAAUAUGUGUAAGUAUAAUAUUAUGUAAAUGUUGUUUUGGAAAUCUUUUGCAUACGCUUACCCAUAAUACAACAAUUUUAAAUACAAUAAAACUAUACACAUUGUUAUCAUCAAAUAUCUAAAAAAAAAAAUUAAAAUAUGAUGAACCUAAAAAAAUCGGUUUUUUUUUUUAAUGUAUUGAUUUCCGUAAAAUCGAAGUAUAAUCUGCCGCGGCUUGAUUAUAGGAUCGCUUCGUACAGCGAAUUGUCUUUAUGUAUAGCUUGUGCCUCUAUGAGCGCUUUUAAAUAAAAAAAUUAUAUUAAUCAAUUUAUAAUAAUUGAAAAUUGACAAUAAUAUUAUUUUACAUGUUA